CCGCCAUCGAGUAGGAACAGUCUACAGAGGUGGUUUGCGUGCAAUUGGUGGCUGAGCGAAUUUCGUUCUACUCUAUGUCUACGUAUAUACCACGCUAUGUACAUAGAGUAGCUAGAGUAGCCACUAGUAGCUGCGUGGCGCUCGCUACGGGUUCUCUAGCUCCUCCUGCUGCUGCUGCUGGGGGGCUGUGGCGCUGGCUGGCCUGGAGCAUGCGUAACUUCCGGCCUGAGGGUUUUUCCGGCCCGCAGGCAGGGCUGAUGGUUAGUUUUUGUGGUUGUUGUGGUUGUUAUUCUAAGCUGUGGUUGUUGUGGUGGUGGUUGUGGUGGUUGUUGUGAAGUGAGGACGCAGGCGGUGACGAAUGCGGCGGGUGCUGGUGCUGGUGCUAGCUAGAGUAGUGGAGGCGGAGGUGG